UUAGUCCUCCUAGACGAACUAAUCAACUCCACUUGCUCCGCGAAUGCUGCAGCUACUGGUUUGGCCUACCUCCACUCCCAAUACACUUCCUCCUUCCCGCACGCACUGGGCAUGCACACCGCAAACUCGGCUAUCGUCCCCGAGAGUCUUAGCAAUCAGUUAAGCCAAGCUGAUAGAGGAACGGUGACACCAGCCGAAGAAAAUGGCGGAGUUGUGGAGGAUGGGUCAGGUCGACGACGCUUAGUUUGUCUUGAUGAUGAUUCCGCACCGCCUACAGAUGCGUCUACCGGAUCUUCGUCAUCUUCAUCCAAUCCAGUGAUGGUUCACCUGACUGUUGGGGAAUGUUCCGCUUUGAACUCCGGGUUGGAUGAUCAAACCCCUUUGGCCUCUUUGUUAAUGAACGAAAGACGGGACGAACGUACCGGAUUAACUGUUUCCUUGGUUGACAGAACCAGACUGGUCCACUCCAACGGCGACGAACGUCAAGCGCCACCUUACUCCCAACCUACAUCCUCGUCUGCCCCAUUGGAUUCCUCUUUGGUCCCCACUUCUUCCUCCGCUUUCACUUGUUCCUCAUCCUUGUCGUCUUCGUCAUCUGGCUUGGGUGUGCACGUAUCCAGUAUAGAACGGGCUCCUUCACAUACCACUUUGUCGGACUCCACCAGUGCAUCCUGCAUCCCCGAUACCGGAAGUGUUGUUGUUUCAUCUACAGCGACAAAUAGCACAAGUUCCACGGGUGAAGUCAAGCAAAGAUUCGCGGGUAAACCGCUUACACGUGGUCUAUCCAGUCUUGGGGCCGGACGCCACAAAAAGUUCCCCGCUCUGUCCCAGUUGAAAAUGCCCGCGCCAAAUGCUUCCUCAUCUCUCCCGGCCAACUUGGUUGCUGCUGGUGGCGGUGCUCCCAGUUCACUCACCGGUCGCUUACCUCAAGGCACUUUUCUGCCCACACCCGAGGUUGAAUCGGUGUUAAAGAACUUAGAAACUUCCCGCGCGCCGGUCGCGCCAACUACGCUGGACGUGGUUCGUUCCUUGGAUUCCCAUGGUGCCUCCGCCUAUCCGCUGGAUUUACGCCUCACUCCGCCUGUGCCUACCGCUCAGACAUCGCAGUCUGCAACCGACCCAUUCGCUGCCGCAAUGCGAAUGGUCACUGCCGGUGGGCAUCUGGCCUCAGUCCCGUUACCCAAAACCCCUACGACCCCCAAUCCGCCCUUACCACACCAUUUGUCUGGUCUCGGUGGUGAGUUUCUGCUCGCCGGUUUUAUUUUGCAGUUUAAUUUGUCCCUGUGCUUCUUCUCUUCGAAACCCAGCGCUGUAUACAUUCACUUGGGGGUGAUUGUAAUUGGCUAG